AGUGCAGGACAGGUGCAGAUUAAAGGAGCUGAUGAAGCUGUGGCAGAGGAAAAUGCUGCUCUUGGCUACUGUCCUCAAGAGAAUGCGCUCUGGUCCAACCUGACCAUGAAAGAACAUUUGGAGAUUUUUGCAGCCAUAAAAGGGAUCAGGAAGGACGAUGCUACGAUGGCCAUUAAUCGAAUAUCUCAAGCUCUACAACUCCGAGGGCAUUUUAAAAAGACAACAAAGACUUUAGCAGCUGGAUUAACCAGAAAACUGUGCUUUGCUCUGAGCAUGUUGGGUAAUCCCACUCUGAUGCUUUUGGAUGAACCAACCACAAGCCUGGAUCCAAAAGGGAAGCGCCUAGUGUGGAGAGCAAUUCGCACUAUGCUGCAGGAGAAGGAUGAAGGAGUCAUUUUGACAACUCACCACAUGGAGGAAGCAGAGGUGUUGUGCGACCGAGUAGCUAUCAUGGUGUCUGGACAGCUUAGGUGGGUUUCUUUAAAUAUUUUACUCUAUAACAGGCUACCCAAAUAGAGAAAAUAUAGAUAA